AUGAUUAGUCUGAAGAGAUCUUUUUCAAUAGUUUCAGUGAUUUUAAAAUCAGCAGAUUUGAAUCCGGUGUUUAAACCACAUCAUGCAAACCCAAAAGGAACUGCUAAAUCAUUUUCAAAAAACUUGCCUCAGUCCAAAAAGCAAUUAAAACCAUGGGAGAAGAAAAACCUUUCUAAAGACGAAUUUUUCAUGAGAAAGUAUGGUAAUAUUACUCCAGAACAGAGAAAAGCUUUAGAUGAAAAAGUAGCUAGACAAAGAAGACAUAGAGAGAUGAGGAUUGCUCAUGAAAAGGCACUUCGAGAUAAAGAAAGAGAGGAGAGGGAAAACGCAAGACAAAUGGCUAGGAUGUCUAAAAAAAGUUCACCAUCUUCAGGAAGUGCUGGAUUGCUUGAAAGAAAUGACACUUUCUUUGAUUACAUUUUUGGUACUCAUGCUGUUAAGGCUGCGUUGACUGCAGGAAAACGUCGAGUCCUUGAAUUAUAUACAUAUAAUAAUGUUGAUCCUGAGAUUACAAAAUUAGCUGAGAAUAAGUUCGGUAUACUUCCAAGAAUGGUUAGAGAUAAACAUGCCUUGAAUGUGCUAUGUAAGAAUGGUGUUCAUAAUGGUGUUGUAUUGAAAACUAGAAAGCUUGAUGUUCCUUAUCUUAAAGAAUUGGGAAGAGCAGAAGAUGGAAAGUAUACCUUGACAAUUGAAAAUUCUGAAGAUGGAACUAUAUCUGAAGAAUCCAAACUGGUAUUGCGUGACGCUAAAAAAGAUGAAACUGAAGAGUUGUAUCCAUUAAUGUUAUAUUUGGAUGAAGUUACUGAUCCACAAAACAUGGGAUCUGUUUUAAGAUCUGCAUUUUUCUUUGGUAUUGAUGGUGUUAUUUUACCAGACCAUUCAACUGCAAAAUUGGGUCCAAUUGCAUUCAAGGCAUCAGCAGGUGCUUUAGAUUUAAUUGACCUUUAUCAAACUGAAUCAAGUUUGAAAUUUAUUGAUUCUGUUCGUAAAAACGGAUGGCAUGUCAUCAGUACUAGUGGUAAACCAGAUGAAGUAAGCAAUGAUGAAUUGGCAGAUAAACAUCCAAAAACAAUAAGUCAAUUAGCCAGUAAAUUUAUUGAUUUGGAAGAUUUACAAAUUAUAUUAAGAAAAUCACCUGUCAUGUUGGUUAUUGGUAGUGAAGGUGAAGGUGUCAGAACUAAUGUCAAAUUAAGAUCUGAUUAUCUUGUUGGUAUUCCAAAAUAUAGAUCUGAUGAUGUAAUUGUUGAUUCUUUGAAUGUAGGUGUAGCAACAGGUGUUAUUUUACAAAACUGUAUUGGUAAAUAG